CAAUCAGGCAGUCAAAUCCAGGGAAAACGAAAGAGCGUUCUGGAAGUCAGCCGUGAUCCUCCCUCCGCGCGCCCAAGGCCACUUUUCCCUGCUGUUCAUCUCCUUCUUGUGGACGCUCAGCAAGCACACGCAUACUCCGGUGGUUAUGGGCAGCGUGAGUCGCCGCGUGUUUUAGUACCCUGCUGCUUGUGAGCGGUUAAGCCGUUGGAUGCUGUCCCAGUGUCGCCAUCGAUAAUGCUUAAGAUGAAGUUGCCCCAAAGGAAGAGCAAACUAAAGGCAUCUGAUGAUGAGGAGGACGAAGAGGAGCGCGGCCCCUGCUCUAUGUGCGAACCUGGCGCCUUACAGAGGGAGGCAGCGUACAAAUGGUUUGUGAAUUCGCUGGGCCCUGCUCACCGCCUAGAGUUCGCCUGUGGGCUCCUGGACCUGUGUAACCCGCUAGAGUUGCGGUUCCUGGGAUCAUACUUGGAGGAUCUAGCUCGUAAGGACUGCCACUAUCUGCGGGACUUCGAGACCCGCGCCAACGGGCUCAGUGAGGAGGCGGCGGCGGGGCUGCAACAGCUGUUGGGGAACCUGAGCGACUCGGCCUCCCGCUCCAAGCUUAUAAUUUAUUUGGCGCUGCUCAGCCCAGAGAACCGAGAGGUUGCUAGCCGUAUGUAUCGCCUGCUACUAUUGCCAACUGUCGGUCCUGGUGGACUUCUGGGUGGGUGGGACGAAGAGGAGGACGAGAGAGAGCCCCGGGAGGUGGAGGCUGCCAGCGAAGAGCUGCUCCUGCUCUUUACCAUGGCCUCUUUGCACCCGGCCUUCUCUUUUCACCAGAGGGUCAACAUGCAGGAGAAGCUUGAAGAGCUUCGGAAAGCUAUGUGCAGGAUUCGGCGAACCCAGGGGAAUGUUCAUGAAUAUUUGCCAAGCGGUGAAAAUCAUAUGGUAGAGAGCUGUUCUGCUGCUCACAAUGGGGUCUCUGCAACAUCUCACAAACUACAGCGAGAAGCUGUACAUAUUGAGAAGAUAUCUUUUAUAGGUGUGCAAACAAAGAGGGCAGAGAAGAAUUUGGAGUACACCUUUAAGGUAACGUGGUCUGAUCAUUCAGUAACGUCUGUGACAAAGUCACACAAGGAGCUUUUGGAAUUCCUGUUAAAACUUCCAAAGGAGUUUUCCAGUGAAUCUUUUGACAAGACCAUUUUGUGUGCACUUAACCAGGGUUUCCAAACAAGGGAAGACCGUUCACCCCCUGAUUUGGAGCCUAUAGUCAGGCAGAUAUUUUCGUCCCAGGCUUUUCUGCAAAAUCAGCGGGUACAGACAUUCUUCCAGGCAAAGCCAGGGGAAUCUAGCCACCCUCAUAGUAAUUUACCAGCUGGGCCAAAUGUGUGUAAAACACCAGAGCUUUUCAAGGAAGACAGCUCUGAGGCAUCCAGUCAGGAAGAAGAUGUUCAGCAGCACAUGACCAUUCACAAGAAACAUGGUGGGAAAUGUCUGCUUGCAAACAGCUCUGUCACCAAAAGCUCAUCCCUGGAGGGUCUUCAUAUGCUGCAUCCUGAUCAAAAUGGUGGAACAGACUGGCAGAAGAAAAGCUGCCCUGGAUCUCCACAUCCAGACAGUCAUACACGACUAGCAGACCAGCGAGCAAAAGAUAAGUGGAGCCCACGUGCAUCUAACAGGGACACUGCAACUUCUGAAAGAAAGAUUUCAGAGAAAUUUGAUGGCAGAGCAAUCAGCAGAACAAAUGGAGUGAAACAUAUACAGAGCUUGGACACCGCUAUUAUAAAAGAUACUGAUAGUAACUCUGAGGAUUCCGCAAAACACAGUGUUUCCAGCUUCACGGCCAAGCUGCCUACUUCUCAUAGUAACAGCACUGAAACUCCAGUAGAUGAUACUUUAAAUACUUCCAAGUUCCACAUUACCUUCAUGCCUAAUUUGCCCUGCGGGAUGUACAGUGGUGCAGAAAAAACAGAAACUAUGCUAUCACCACCGCUUCCUGCAGAAGGAAAAGCAAUUGGUUUGCUUGUUACUAGCCCAUUGUCUUUGUCUCCGGUGAGAGAAACGUAUAACCAGGGCUCAUUUGGAAUUAGUGUUCCAGCUGUUUCAUCAAAUAUUGGAGAAUCCGAAAAGCGCAUUGAUGUGCUGAAUUCCUCUUUACCUGUGCCAUCGACUUUCCUCUCUCGCAAUUGUUCUCUCAGCAACCCUGCAUUGACUCUACCAAUUCACAGGCUAAAAGUGUCCUCUCAGGGGCCAUCUGAGGCCUGUACACUGAAUGGUUCUACACAGACUAGCUUGGGCUUGGGAUCUGCCACCACUGGAUUUAUUUCUGUUCAUAGUCCAGGAGGAUUUGCAGUACCUCCUGUAACAGCUUCAGAUCCUCUAUUGAAACCUCAAGUAGUUGGACUUAAUCAGGUAGUGCCUCAUCCUGAUGGAAAUGCAGGGGCCCUUCCACCUUCUACAAAUCUAAAGUUAGUUCUUCCAGCAAAUAGCAUGUCUCCAGCUCCCCCAUCAGUCUCUUACCCUUUGUCUGGAGCCACACUUGCAACAGGUGUAUUGCCUACUCAGAACACCAAUGUGCUCAAUGCUGCUGUCACUGCUGUUUCAUCUCAGCCAGGCAAUGUUGCCAUGGGGCAGGUGCAAGCUACUAUUCCUCCUGCUGUUCCCACCCACACUCCUGGCCCAGCCCCAAGUCCUAGCCCAGCGCUGACUCAUAGUACUGCACAGAGUGACAGCACAUCAUUUAUCAGUGCUGCGGUUGGGAAUACCAGCACAAAUGGCUCUCUCUUACCACCACAGCAGAUGGGUCCAGGCGCUUGCGGCUCUUGUGGGCGCCGAUGCGGCUGUGGAAACAAUGGAGUACCUGUCGGUAGUUACUUUUAUGCCAACCCCAUUCAUGGACAGGUGUACAGAGUCCCUCCUUUCUUUACUUUGCCAUCCAUUUGUAAUGGCACCUACCUCAACCAAGCACAUCAGAGCAAUGGGACACAGCUUCCCUUCUUCCUUUCUCAAGCACCCUACACCAAUGGACUAAUGCAUGACCCUGUGCUUGGGGGCCAGGCCAACUAUGGUAUACAGCAGGUGCCAGGUUAUGGACAGCGGUACUUUCAAAUGUACACAGGACCUGUACACAGUACUGUACCAAAUGCCAAUGGAUCAGGGCCCAAGAAAACUGGAAAUAUCUCGUGCUACAAUUGUGGGGUAGCUGGGCAUUAUGCACAGGACUGUAAACAGCCUACUUUGGAGGCCAGUCAGCAAGGUAAUCGCGAUAGCUCCCAAAGGACUUGUUUCUAAAUGUCUUUGUGUGUCUCCUUUUUUCCCCACAUGGUGACUGUGGUCUAGAUGUUUGUACAUCUGUGUGUGUGUGUGUGUAUAUAUACUGUGCUCUCGCUUUACUGUUUACAACAGUGCAAAGUGUCAUGUUGGAUUUUAUUCACCAUUGCCAUAUUUCCUUUAAGGUAUACCUGUGGAACAAAAAAAAAUAUUAAGGUACAGUGGCUUAAUAUGCCGCUAUAUUCUGAUAUUGUUUGUAUUCUUUUGAUGCCUAAUUGUUUAUAAACCCUGUGCCUCUGUAACUCCUUGUUGGUAUUCAGUGUUACAGUUGCUCAGAACAUUACCUGAAGUGUUAUUUACCUUGGUAAAUGAAGGAAAAUGGUGGAUUUCACCCCAACAUAGGAAUUGUAUAUGAUUAAAUACUGUUUAUAUGGGAACUCUGCUUUCAGUUUCUUUCACACUUAACGGUUAAAUUUUGAGUUUAAGAAACUGUUAUUUUCUUUAAUUUCUUAUUUCCCUUUGAUUCAUUUUUCAACAUUUUUUUUUGUUUUGAUUGUUUCCUUGUAAGCACUGACUUAGAAGUUCUCUUUCCUGUUUUAGGCACUUACAGGCUGAGGUAUGCACCUCCCCCUUCCCCUUCCCAUGAUACCAUGGAUUCUACUGACUGAAACAAUCCACAAAAUUAAAAAAUAAAUUACCAUAAUUUUAAGGUAUGGAAGUUUUGUUGGCCUUGGGUUUAAACACUUUGCCAGUGCAUUUUAAGGAGAAAAGAAUCCUUCAUUACUGGUGCCAUUAAAUCCAAGUAAUGAACUCAAGAUGAAUAAUAUAUAGGCAAAUGCUCACUGCUCACAUAUGUUACUGGACACAGCUAUUUCUGAAACAGAAGAAGAAAAUGUUGAAUGGAAAGGGCAAUGAUUAACAGAGCUACCAGACCAGGAGAAGCUGAAGCCCUGGGGUCUUCUGAUUAAAGUUGCUAUCUUGCUUCCUUACACCAUCUCUUCUGUGCAUCUUGGACACGUGAAAGGCCAAUUUUCUUCCUUCAGGGAAUGCAUGGUUAAUUUAAAAAAUAAUCUAAAAACUUGUACCUGUGCACAUGCACCUAGCUACACAUAUAUAAAAUUACUUGGAUUAAUGUUUGCCAUCUUUUUUACUCUUGACGUUUUUAGGCAACCUAUUAAAUUACAAGCUUGGUUAUUGUUGGAGUUGAAAAUACAAGGUAAAGCAUGGCUCAAACCAAGUGUUUGGCUACAGCUGUUUUAUACUCUAACAAUAAUGAAAGAAAAUAUUAGUUCAUUUAGUUAACUUAUUUAAAUUUAGGUACAGGCAUUGUUUACCUAUGAGGACAUUUUUUUGUUAAGAGCUAUAUUCUUACAAUUUAUAUUGGGCUGUGGCAGUUUAACUUCCAGUUAAGUUCCAUCCAUAUUUACAGUAUUUAAUAUAAAAUAUUUUUUCAGUCCUUCCUUUCAUGUUGACUAUGUCUACCAUUGAGUGUAAAUUAUAAUGUGAAAGACUGAAUUUGUGUAUUAAACAUGUUAGUGUCAUAUCAAAGAACUAAUGCUGCUGUUUUUUUGUUUUUUAUUUAAAUAGCCAACAUAUGCACUAAAUGUUCCAGGUAAUAUUUGAUUUUCCUAUGUGCACUGACGUUAUCUGGAAGGAGAGUGUGUGUAUGGGAAUCUUGUGUUUUGAGAGCAGUUUGUUUACCAGCACCAUAUGUCUCCAGUUUGUGGGGGGGGGAUUGUUUUGUUUUUUAAAUCUUCAUUCCUUGUGAAUUUUGUAUUUUUUAUUUUCUUUAAAUCAAAAUUCUCUUUGGGCUACUCCGGCAUUUAAAUAUUAUACCAUUUCACCACAAGUAAAAAGUUGGCUUAAGAACUAUUAAAUUAAAGCUGGAAGAUACUGCUAGACUGUAUAAAUACCGGUGAUAAAACAAACAAAAAAGAUCUGGUUCUAAGUGUAAAACACCAGUCUUUUGUUAAGCCGCUUAUGAAUUUCAAAACUUGAAAAAGGAAAAAAAAAAAUAUAUUGAUUACAUAUUUUUUCUUAAGUAAUGUUUUUAUAUAGUAUUGAAAGAAAGCAACAUUUAUUCAAAGCAAGCUGAGUGAGUGGUUGGGGGGGAGAGUUGCAAGGGAUAGUUAAUAUGGAGCUUUAAUUUAAAAAAAAAAAAAUCUUAUAAAUAUUUUAUUUGAUCUAGAUAUUUUUUGACCUGAUUUAAUUGUUAAAAUACAGUUGAGCUGUUCUAGUGAAGGUAGUGAAAGACUCCUCAUUGGUUGAAAUGACAGCCAGGACUGCCUGAUGGAGAUUUAAAAAUUCUGUACUGUAAACAGGAGUUGAUACCUUCUCUUUAUUUGUAUGUUUACCAUAUUCUUUGAUAUUUCAAUUGUUAUGUACUGGAAAUGUUACUUAUAUUUCUAGAAAAGAUUUUGGAUUUUAUGCAACUUAUUUCCUUGAAUUCCUUGAACAGCAAUAAAAAGAUGAAAGCAUGA